UGCGUAGGCCAUUCUCUUCUCCUCUCACGGCUGCCGAGCUCAUCUUCUGAAAGAAUCAAGAGGAGUCCCUUUGAAAGGAGGGAAAUUUUUGCAGAGAGGAGAGCCGCUGUGAGGGGGAGUUUUGGUUCCGUCGAUCAAUCGAUCGAAGGGAAGCUCAGAGGAAUUGAUGCGUUCAGUUCUUUGUUCCCGCCGACUAUCCAAUCAAAGCUUUCGUUGCUCAUUUCUUCGAUUUGCUUCCCCUGAGGUUUUGGGAAGAGUGAGGUUUCCAGUGGGAUUUUUCGACAGAUCUCGUGGGAUGAUGCGGUUUGAAGGAAUUUGAUGGUUUCUUACGGUUUGAAGAGCUCUAGCGAGUGUCGAUCUCGUCCCUUUUUUUAGUGGGAUAGGAUUGUUGCUUGUGGUUUUCUAGCUUGUAAGGAAGAUGUCGUCUGCAGGAAUCGCAGUUAGCCACUAUAGGGUGGAUCAGGUUCUCUCCCCAGUCCGGACUGAACGCAGUUACUUGGACGAAUUCGUCCUGAUCUACCUUACCUUCCCAGGCUCACCGGCGAUGCCAAUGAGAGUUCUUGAGUCUGACUCAAUUGCCUCUGUCAAGCUUCGGAUCCAGAGCUCCAAAGGAUUUGCUGUCAAGAACCAGAAGCUGGUCUUUGAUGGCAGGGAGCUGACCCGGAAUGAUUGGCUUGUCCGCGACUAUGGUUUGUCUGAUGGCAAUGUCAUUCAUCUUUUAAUCCGUCCUUCUGAUCUCCGAUUAAUCGCUGUAACUACUGCCUGCGGCAAGAAAUUUGAGCUCCAGGUUGAGCAGAAUCGGAAUGUUGCGUACAUUAAGGAUCAGAUUGCCAAUAAGGGUAAAGAUUUUGCGGAUAUUAGAAAUCAGAAGCUUGUAUGUGAUGGAGAGGAGCUUGAUGAUCGCCUGCUGAUCAAUGACAUCUGCAAGAAUAAUGAUUCUGUCAUCAAGUUGUCGAUCCGUAAGAGGAAGAAAGAUGAUGAUUCGAAUAAAGUUACGGGAAAACCAUUUGACAGACAGUCUUGGAUUGCGCCAGUUAUUGUAAACCCUAAGGUCAAGCUAUCUCCGAUCCUAGAGGAAAUGAUGAGUGCCGUGGAUGUUGGGCUAGAGAAGAGAAUCAAGCCAGUCAUGUCUUCAGAAGGUUCAGGUGGAGUUUACUUCAUGAAGGAAGGUUCAGGUUGCAAGAAUGUGGCCGUCUUCAAGCCAAUUGACGAGGAGCCAAUGGCCGAGAACAAUCCUCGUGGACUCCCAUUGUCUCGAGAUGGUGAAGGGCUCAAAAAGGGGACACGUGUGGGGGAAGGUGCAUUGAGGGAAGUUGCAGCUUACAUCCUUGAUCAUCCAGCGAGUGGUCGCCGGAGUUUUCUCUCCGAUGAACCUGGAUUUUCCGGGGUUCCCCCGACAGCCAUGGUCCAAUGCUUGCGCGGUUUUGACGAUGCUUUUGAACCAAAGGAUUUCAAGAUGGGAUCACUGCAAAUGUUUGUUAAGAACUGUGGAAGCUGUGAAGAUCUUGGUCCUCGGGCAUUUCCCGUUGAAGAAGUUCACAAGAUAGCUGUUCUGGAUCUAAGGCUCGUUAAUGCCGAUCGCCAUGCUGGGAACAUUUUGUUGUGCAGGGAGGGAGAAGCCGGCAAAAUCAUGCUGGUUCCUAUUGACCAUGGAUACUGCUUACCUGAGCAUUUUGAAGAUUGCACAUUCGACUGGCUCUUCUGGCCCCAAGCUCGGCAGCCAUUUGAUUCCAGAACCUUGGAUUACAUAAAAACCCUAGAUGCAGAAAAGGAUCUGGCCCUCCUCAAGUUCUAUGGCUGGGAGCCAUCACUGGAGUGCUCUCGAACUUUUCUCAUCUCUACCAUGCUAUUGAAGAAAGGAGCAGAAAGGAGGCUCACUCCCUAUGAAAUUGGGAACAUCUUGUGUAGAGAGACAAUCAAUAAGCAAUCCAAGAUUGAAGAAAUGAUCUUCAAAGCCAUGGAUUCCGUCCUUCCAGGCUCCACUGAAGCUGCUUUCCUGGAAAAAAUUUCAGAGAUUAUGGAUCAUUAUCUCGACAAACUUACAUCAGCUUAAUAUAUAUAUAGAACAAGUAAAUAAUGAUAGUGGAAGAAGGGGCUUGCACUUGAUUUUGCUGGAGGAAGCCCUCUCUGCUUUUUGUUCAUAGAUAGAUGGUCUGUCCUGACACACCCAUUCAGAAACUGGUAUGGGAGGUCGCUGAGAUGAUAUUCUAAGGCUAAUGCAGUGAUCAGUUGUGCUAUUUUUGCAGCUCUGUAGGUAUUUGUUACAUGAUUGGGGUAGAAAUCAAGCUCCCCAAUGUUGGUGUAUUCUUUAUUGUUGGUUGAUUCUCAACUGUCUAUUUGUCUUCUUCUUCAGAUUCAUAUCAGGGAUGUUGAAAGUAAAACCUUAGUCCUUUGAUUUGAAUUUAGAGUUGUACUGAUGGUGUUUUUGUUAUGAUCAGUGGUUGAAUCAGAGGAUGUUUGAGGUAGCUUUUGUCUCCUUUAGAUUUAAGAAAAGCUGUGUAUAAUUUGGUAAUUUUGUUUUCUGAAUUCUCUUUCAAUCAUGUAUAUCCUUCUUAAAUUUGAGUAAAUA